UGUGCGUUGGUGUUCUGACUGGAGCAGUCAGUGAAGUUUGGUUCUGGACGACGAUGGAAGCUGUAGAUGGGAUGGUAACAUCUGCAAGUGAGUAUUGGGUCAUAGUGGAGUCUGUUGUGCGAGAUCGUGUUCACUAAUUCAGAGACUACGAUAAUAUCACAAUACUCCCCUCCUCCUUCAUCCCUUCUCGUUCUACGUUGUACAAUACCCCGCUCGCCUUGUCCGUGCGAUACCCUCUUGAUCUUUGUCCAGGUGGCUUGACUGUCAUAUCUGAUGCCACCACAUCCCCUCUAGCGAGUCCUGAGCCCUGCCCCACAGAGCCAGAGGUCACUUAUAGCAGGGAGUUCCUCAUUGGAGUCCUGUUGGCCAUCAGCUCCAGUGCCUUCAUUGGGACCAGCUUCAUUGUCAAGAAGAAGGGACUACUGAGGGUGGCCCGUAGCUCGGUGUCUCGAGCAGGUAGUGGUGGCUAUGCCUAUCUCCAUGAGUGGUUGUGGUGGGCGGGGCUACUCACAAUGGUAGUGGGAGAGGCAGCCAACUUCACUGCCUACGGAUUUGCUCCAGCCUUUGUGGUGACCCCUCUGGGUGCUCUCAGUGUUCUUGUCAGGUCUGUCAUGGGCACACUGCCACAUGCCAACAUUACCAUCCCCAGAACUUGUAACUGCCGCCUGUUUUGUAAGGCCUGUGCAUGCCGUCCAUGUCCACAAGAGCAUUCCCCUCUCACCAUGCCCAACAGGCGCGGAAGAACAACCAAGAUUAAUUCACCUUGAUGAUAGUACACAAAACCAUCAGGAAAACACCCUUGGCACGACAUACACACAAAGCAAGUAACUGAAUGUACUGACACAAACAAAACACUGGUCGGAGUUUGACUGUGGUAUUUUUCUGACUUUUUGACACUGUUCCUAGAGCAUAGUGCUUUGUCCGGUAUGUCCAGCAUGGUGGCAAGCUUAGAGAAGCUGUCGUGGUCUAGGACCCCAUGUGAACCCACCUGAAUGGGACAGCAUGCGGUGCUGUCGUCAUACCUGCUGAAGGAGAGGCUCAACCUCCAUGGGAAGGUCGGCUGUCUCCUCUCCAUCCUCGGAUCCACCGUAAUUAUCCUCCAUGCCCCUGAGGAAGGAGAGGCUAACGACCUCUACGAGAUUGGCAAGAACAUGCUCAGUCUUGGUUUCCUGCUGUACUCGGUAUUUGCAGUGAUGGUGGCAGUAUAUCUGAUCUACUGGGUGAGUCCACAGUACGGCCAGACCAACAUCCUGGUCUACAUCGCCAUCUGCUCCCUCAUUGGCUCCCUCUCCGUCAUGGCCUGCAAGGGGCUCAGCAUAGCCCUCAAACUGACUCUGAGUGGCAACAGUCAGCUGCAGAACCCCCUCGCCUGGUUCUUUGCCCUCUCUGUGGCCGUGUGCAUCGCGGUCCAGAUGAACUACCUGAACAAGUCCCUGGAUCUUUUCAACACGUCUCUCGUGACUCCGUUGUACUAUGUCAUGUUCACCACACUCACCAUAGUGGCCUCUGCUAUUCUGUUCCACGAGUGGCAGCAGCUUACAAACGGCGACAUCAUCGGUGCCGUAUGUGGCUUCCUCACCAUCGUGUGUGGCGUUUUUCUCUUGCAUGCCUUCAAGGAUAUCAAUUUCACCAUCAUGGAUCUCAUAGAGUCCACUAACAGACAAAACGGGGCAGGUAUCACUUCCACUAACACCGGUAAUAACACAGGGGCUCACUCGUUGGAUAGCCAGCAACCUCUGCACAGUAUGACGUCGUUUUCUCGUCGGAGCAGCAACUCUCACUCGCAGGUUUCCCUCCACACUUCCGACAGUGCUCACAGAACUAAUCACCCGAGGAGCCCCUUCAUAACGAACGGGAGUGUGGAUAGCGGUGAGGAGGAGCUGUAUUCCACUGAGACCGCUCCUCUGGUCCUCCCUGAUACCUAGCCUUACGGUGAUUCACCUUCACUGCCAAUAUACAUGUCCUGUCUUUGCUUUCACGUUUCUGUUUUACAACUGUGCAAGAAAUGUUUUUGUGUAUAACAACUGUGAUUUACAUACCACCUAAGGAAGGAGACACAAUUCUUCGCCUGCCGCAGUUAUUGUCGCGAUGAUGUAGUGCUGUGGCUUA